AUGCAUUUUUAUCUACUGUUCCUCUUCACCAGUCUUGUCUCUGCCAUUCCCGCCAGUUCCAGCAUCACCCCACCACCUCCAGCCGAACCCGUCCAGCUUCUCUCGCAAUCCUCCGAUCCAUCGCGACCCUGGACCAGACUACGAAAUUGGAUCAUCGAGACUGUCUGGAAUAUCCCGAAAUAUCCAUCGCAGCGACCCUCUAAAGAUGCUGGUCGGGAUCGCUCACCUCCAUCUCGGGUACUGACGCGAUACGGCAGCGACGUCGUUCUCCGGUUUCGGGUACAACAUGGCUACGAGGCUGAGGCUCUGGCGCAGGCCAGCGAUAUUUUGUUCUUAGAUGUGUGGGCUUCGACGCCCGAAUUUGUGGAUAUUCGACUGGCACAGGAAGUAAUUCCCUCGUUAUUAGGCCUCCUGCCCGAUUCCCUGCGAACCGCUUACACCCCCCUCAUCGAUAACCUCGCGGAAUUAAUAUAUGCAUCUUACCCAACGAGACAAUCAAUCGGCCUCGAAGGCCAGUCUGGAUUUGUUUCUUUCCGUCCACCAGCGCAGGCCACAGAUCUCUUCUUCCAUGACUACCAGCCAUUCUCCGUCUUGGUGCAAUGGAUGCGCUUGAUGGCCUCCAUGUUCGCGUCGCACACCCGUAUAAUCAAUAUCGGUAUUUCGUACGAAGGACGUGAGAUUCCAGCACUCCGUAUUGGUGGGAAAAGCGACGCGUCGCCCGACUCGCCGCGCAAAACGGUCCUGAUCACGGGAGGCUCCCACGCACGAGAAUGGCUCAGCACGUCGACCGUUACCUACAUCGCGUAUCAAUUAAUGGCCCAAUAUGGGAACUCGAAGGAUGUUGAUCGUCUGGUAAAUGCAUACGACUGGGUACUAGUACCGACAAUCAACCCAGACGGGUACGCCUACACAUGGGAGUCUGAUCGCCUAUGGCGCAAGAACCGUCAACCCACAAGUCUCCAUUUCUGCCCGGGUAUCGACCUCGACCGCGCUUGGGAUUUUGGAUGGGAUGGUGAAUCGACGAGAUCGAACCCGUGCGCCGAGACGUAUGCCGGAAACGAGCCAUUCGAAGGCACAGAAGCGCAGCAAUUCGCGCAGUGGGCAUUGAACGAAACGCGGGAGCACGACACUAAUUUUGUCGGCUUCCUCGAUUUACAUUCCUACUCGCAACAGAUCCUCUACCCAUUUUCCUACACAUGUUCCUCCAUCCCACCCACCCUGGAAUCCCUACAAGAACUCGCCAUGGGCAUGGCCAAGGUGAUCCGCCGGACGACGCACGAAAUCUACGACAUCACCUCCGCCUGCGAAGGAACAGUCACAACCGGCGCCUUUGGCCCUAGCUCUGAUGAAUCGAAGCAGUUCUUCCCGCGCGGUGGGAGCACAGGCGGAAGUGCAUUGGACUGGUUCUACCACCAACUACACGCGGCGCAUUCGUUUCAGAUUAAGCUGCGUGAUCGCGGAAGCUAUGGGUUCCUUGUUCCGGCUGAGUAUAUAGUGCCGACAGGGAAGGAGAUCUUCAACGCGGUGGUGAUGUAUGGACGGUUUCUCAUGGGCGAUACCAUCCAAAUGGACGACACAGGGGAGGACGAGGACAACGUACCGGAAUACUCGAUGGGCACCUAUUAA